AUGGUGAUCGACCCACGGGACCAGCACCAGCACCAGCAGCAACAAGAUCAUCCUCAAGACCAGACCGGCCCACCGAGAUCUUACUUUGUUCCCUCAAACUUGCCCAGCCGACCCACCGACGAAGAAAUCGCGGCGCUGGAAAAGUACUUUGGGUCGCAUAUCACCACGUCCUCUCAAUCGCGCCCCAUUUCGACAGCAAGAGCGCCUGAGCAUUACCUGUCAAGUGGUAUUGAUAUUCACCCCAACAUCGAGCAAGCUGGACUACAAGGAGGCGUAGGCGGUCGUCAUCAACAGCAACAGCAACCUCAGUACCAGCCGCAGCCCCAAAUUCAAUCCCAAUCUCAAUCUCAAUCGGGAGCGCCGCCGUCGAAUCUACCUGGACAGCCUGACCAGAAUCGAAAAUCGUUCUUCGGCCUAGACUGGGGGAUACAUAAACCGUUCGGGUUUCCGCCCGUCUUCGCCAACGCUUUCGGACACGGUCCCAUUAAAGACCAGACUCAGGAUCAAAGUCAAAACCACCAACUUGACAAACACCAACACCAAGGACAAGUCUUGCCAAACCAACCGGAUCAGGAUCAGGAUUAUUUCUUGCCCGAACCGUAUAUUCUACCUGAAACACAACCGGUACCGUCUGCGAACCCUCAGCAGGUGCAAGGUCAAGAUCAAGGAAUCCCAGCUCCAGCUGCAGCCCCAAACCCCGGAUUCGGCUUGCUUCAUCCGGAUAGCGCGAGGCUUCCUCCGUACCCUUACGGACAAUCUCAUUCCCACAACCAAGGGCCUCCCUCGCCCCUCUCCCCCACCUCGAGAUCCGGACGAGACGACACGACCUCGCUAGCACCCUCGCAGAGUCUAUCCCAGCUCGCCGUCCGAAGAGCAAAGAGGAGUAAGGAAAAGGUGGAGAGACGGGGUAGUACGGGCAGCGCUUUACCCCGAAGGAGGUCUUCGGUCGCUGGAACAGGAGGAAAAGAGGAAAAGAAGGCGAGGAGGUUGACAGGGUACUAUCAAAAGCCCGACACGUAUGAUCACGACCACGAUCACGACCAAGAGAACGACAAGGAUCUAGAUUUAGGCAGGAUGAACAUCGAUGAUUGGGCUAGGAGUCAGGGUGGACAGAGUCAUAGUCAAGGUCGAGCCCGGAGCCAUCGAACCUUUGACGAACAGAGUCCGGGGGGAGAAGAAGGGUAUUCCCCGCCUCAUCGACGCAGGACGGGGGGUACGAACGUCGAUGUAGGUGGAGAUGAGAGCGAAGUGGCAAGGUCGGAGAGGAGUACGAACUUUGGCUACGGAGGCAAUGGUGGAGGACGGGAAGGAGAGGCGGAUAGGGCGACGCUCAGGUCGAGAGCUGGGACCGGAUGGAGCCAGGUUUACCCUGAAAGUCAAUUGCCGGGUCGACGACCCGCCCCAUCCCAAUCUCAACAUCACGCCCAUGACGACCGGCGCUCUUACGCACCCACAGCCAGAGAGUCGGUAAUGGGGGGAGGAGGUUGGAGAUCCCCAGAGAUCUCGGAGGGUGUACCGGAGAGCGAGGUGGCGAGUAUGAUGGAUCGAAUGACGAUCGGGGCUCGGAGCGGGAUGACCGGACAGACGGGGUUGACGGGGAUGGUCGGGUUGCCUUACCGAAACAUGGAACGGAUGAGGGAGGCGUUGGAUGACGAGCGACGAGAGCAACGUCGGUUGGAGGCUAGUCGAGCACGCGAAUCUGACAGCAGGGAACACUCUUUGCACCGCUCGAAAUCUCAACUCAAGUCCCUUCAAAACACCGUCCGCGACCUCCAAGCGCGGAUUAUUGCCGAACAGGUCACUCGAUCCGAGACCGAGCGCGAGGCCGUGGCGCGCGCCGAAGAGGUCAGGACGUACCGGGACGAGUUGGCUGGAGCGGUCAGGGCGUUGAGACGGGCCAAGGAGGAGAGUCGCAAGUUAGAUGAGGAGAGGAGGAAAGGGUUGAGGUUGUUCGAGGAGACUAGGGAGAGGUUGGUCAAGCUUAGAGAAGCCUACAAGGUGCAAGAGGCGAGGGAAGCGGGCAGAGAUGAAGGCCGACUCGAGGCCUUCCAAGAGAUCGAGAGGUGGAUGGUGAACCCGCCUAUUCCGAUCGAACCGAUGGGCUACCUUCCUUCCGGUGUCUUGCACCCCAACGAACGUCAGAACCCACAAACUGAUGAGCAGCAAGGAGCACAGGUACGACAGGACAAACAGCGUCAGCCUCAGCAACAACAGUCUCCCGAGCAGGGUCAACAACCGAGACCGCAGUAUCAGAGCUUUGGAGAUUCGGCUGAUCGGCUGAAUCAACAAGCGCAGCGAGUGGCGUCGCAAGCGCAGGGCAAUCGUCGACCCAGCACCAGUCCGUACCCCGGCAGCAACCGGGAACCCUCGCCCAGGGAUCCACCUGCUAUGCCCCCACACAGUAUGGCUGGAGCCAACGCCGCGUCCAGCUACUUGGACCGAGUCGAGCACGACCCUCGUAUGCAAAACAUGCUCCACGGCGCGCCUCAGAGGACCUUUACCAUGCCCUCGCAAGCGCCAACGGGACACACUCGUUCGCGCGCACCUGACACACUCGCACCCCCCGACUCUGCCAGUUUGUUGACCAAGCCUCUUCCGUCGCCUCAUGGUCGAUCGUCGCAUCAAGGUCAUCAUCAACAACCUAGUCGAGCGGGUCACUCCAGACAAGGUAGUCAGAUUCCCCGAGACAUCCUCUCUCCGCCAAGGCAGGAUCACAAUGCGCCCUUUGAUAGGAGCCUGUCGCAAGCCGAUCGCUACCCUCCCUUCCCCACUCAUCGAACCGAGUCGAUUCUCGACCACGCUGUGCCACUCUGGCCUAAUCCCGACAUGAGAGGAGCGCAAUCGGUUGAUCCUAGAGGAAUGCCUCUACCGGACUCACGCGAAACCUCCGAGUACCACCAUCACGGCCAGGCUCCUUCUCGUGGGCCGGUACCCCCUUCGCACGCCACUCACAGGUCGAACAAGACGGCGCGAUCCCGGUUGGCAGCGGGUCUUCGCGGGGAUGACGACCCAUUAUCGAUGAUUGAAGAGACCGACGAGCAGGUAAUGGAUAGACAGUCGCCCAAUCCACAUCGGGUUCCGCUGCCGCCCUCCACGGCUGGCGGUACUCAUUACCACCCGGCCCGAUCAAUGCAGUCUUUCAUGAGCAGCAAGUUCAAGCCCAAGCAGCCCGUCAUGCCGAAUCCGUUGGGCAUGUCCGCCACCGCCACAACUAACGAUAAUAAUCUGAGGGGUAUGUACGAUUCAGACCGAGCGGCUCGACACACUGCUACGCUCCCCGAUGCCACCAAUCAAUACCAUCCAGAAGGUUCUCACCCCAUGUCCCUUUCCCCAGAGCAAAACAAUAUGGAACCGAUCAAUCAACAUUACCGCGAGCCUAGCGGCGGCGGGUCGCGUGGCGGAAUGCUCGGCGUUUCACGCGCUCCGACAAUCCAUGUGAUGCCACCUUCGCGUGAUAGCCCUGGGCGCGACGCACCCCAGUCGACCUUUGACAAAGGAUCGGUCCUUCCUGCCAACAUACCUUUACCAGAGACUCGGCCUGGAACGAUGUAUGGUACCGAAGUCAAUCAUCCUCAGCGUCACCACCAAAGGCACUCUAUCAACGCGAUCGACUUUGCUCAAAGGCAUCCUUUACCCGAGUCCCGCCCGACCACGAUCAUGGAGAGGCAGUCCAACGGACCUCUGGCUGCUACAGUCGAGGACGUUGCCGAUGUGGACGCUCCACCGGUGCGGCGAGGGGUCCCGUUGGCCUCUAUCCUGAAACGAGACCCCAUGCUCCUGCCUUUGCCCCAUUCGAAGGCUCCGACCCGGAGGAAAACAUCUAGUAGGUGA